GACGGUCGAGUCUAGUCGCGAGCACUGUCACAGAGAGGGGCACGGGAUCAGGAGCGGAACGAGUCCUACACGCAGCAGAGAGAGCCGCCUGCCACCGCUUGCUUCUUUCCCCCUUUAGUAAUUUCUCCGCGUUGCAGCUGUUUUUAGCCAACCCAAAACGCCAGCAUGCGCGAGAUAGUGCACCUGCAGGCCGGACAGUGCGGCAACCAGAUUGGAGCCAAGUUCUGGGAGGUCAUCAGUGAUGAGCAUGGCAUCGACCCUACAGGCAGCUACCAUGGGGACAGCGACCUGCAACUGGACAGGAUCAACGUCUAUUACAACGAAGCCUCAGGUGGGAAGUAUGUUCCUCGUGCCAUCCUAGUCGAUCUGGAGCCGGGAACGAUGGACUCUGUCCGCUCCGGACCCUUCGGACAGAUCUUCAGGCCAGACAACUUCGUCUUUGGCCAGAGCGGUGCUGGUAACAACUGGGCCAAGGGCCAUUACACAGAGGGCGCGGAGCUGGUCGACUCUGUUCUGGACGUGGUGAGGAAGGAGGCCGAGAGCUGCGACUGCCUGCAGGGCUUCCAGCUGACCCACUCCCUGGGCGGCGGCACCGGCUCCGGCAUGGGCACCCUGCUCAUCAGCAAGAUCCGUGAGGAGUACCCCGACCGUAUCAUGAACACCUUCAGCGUCGUGCCCUCGCCUAAGGUCUCUGACACAGUGGUGGAGCCCUACAACGCCACCCUCUCAGUCCACCAGCUGGUGGAGAACACAGACGAGACCUACUGCAUCGACAACGAGGCACUGUAUGACAUCUGCUUCCGCACGCUGAAGCUGACCACCCCCACCUAUGGCGACCUCAACCACCUGGUGUCGGCCACCAUGAGCGGGGUCACCACCUGCCUGCGCUUCCCCGGACAGCUCAACGCUGACCUCCGCAAACUGGCCGUCAACAUGGUGCCGUUCCCCCGUCUGCACUUCUUCAUGCCAGGCUUUGCUCCACUGACCAGCAGGGGGAGCCAGCAGUACCGCGCUCUCUCCGUGCCCGAGCUCACCCAGCAGAUGUUCGACGCCAAGAACAUGAUGGCCGCCUGCGACCCCCGCCACGGACGCUACCUCACCGUGGCCGCAGUCUUCCGCGGACGCAUGUCCAUGAAGGAGGUGGAUGAGCAGAUGCUCAACGUGCAGAACAAGAACAGCAGCUACUUCGUGGAGUGGAUCCCCAACAACGUCAAGACGGCCGUGUGCGACAUCCCGCCCCGCGGCCUCAAGAUGGCCGCCACCUUCAUCGGCAACAGCACGGCCAUCCAGGAGCUGUUCAAGCGCAUCUCCGAGCAGUUCACCGCCAUGUUCCGCCGCAAGGCCUUCCUCCACUGGUACACCGGCGAGGGCAUGGACGAGAUGGAGUUCACCGAGGCCGAGAGCAACAUGAACGACCUGGUGUCCGAGUACCAGCAGUACCAGGACGCCACGGCCGAGGAAGGGGAGUUUGAGGAGGAUGGGGAAGAGGAAUCUGCCCAGGCUUAGAUAGCAUAGAUAGGAGACUCUUCUCUCUUUCUCUUCUUUCUUUCUAUCUUCCACCACUCCUUCACCUCCUCCUUCAUCUUCUUAUCAUUCCAUUCUUUCAUCACCACUCAUUCUCUUCACAGGGUUUUAUCUUUUUCUUUCUUUCUUUCUUCCUUGGUGUAGGCCUAGACAGGGCACAGGUUUGCUAGUCUGCCAUCCGAUGCUUCUUUUUAUUUCUUUUUUUGUUUGUUUAUUUUGUUUUAUUCUUUCCUCAACUCUCUUCACUGUCCCUGACAUGAACGACCUGGUCUCAACCCCUCCUGUAUCUUGCCAUCAUCCUGAUCUGUCAUUUUGUCAUUUCAUACCCAUUAUUCCUCUUUUUCUUCCUCCAAUAAAGGAGUAAGAGAAGGUGGUCCACUUUCUUUCUUUCUUUCUCUCUCUCUCUCUCUCUCUCUCUCUCUCUCUCUCUUUCUCUCUCUCUCUUUCCAUUUACUUCCAAAUGCAAACGUCUAAUGUUUGCUCUUUUCUUCUUGGUGCUAGCCCAGGCCUAUACCUCCUUUUAUAUUCUUUAUCUUCUAUUCUUUCGUAUCCCCUUUCUCUUGCUCCUCUUCACCCCCUCUAUCAACUCAUCAUUUCAUCCAAACAUCAUCCCUCCAUCGCACUUUAUUUAUUUAUUUGUAUAUUUAUUGAUUUAUUUUGGUUUAUUUAUUUAUCAAUCACUCUCCACAUAAGCAUGGUGGCUGUUGUUGUUGUGUUCAGCAGUGGUUCUGGUUAUAGUUAUAUAUUGUUGUGAUCAAGUUCCUUAGAAAUUAUAUUAGUAAUAGGCCUACUACUUAUGCAGAUGCACCACCCAUUCCACUGAAGCACACACACACACACAC